AGGCACGUUCCCCGCAUGCGAAUAAACUCCACCGAGUCCGCCCCGGGUUCAAGCUCCAUGACUUCAUGACAGCCCGGUUCGCUCGGAUCCUGGUCUAGGCUUCUUGGCAGGCCUUGCCAUAUCAAACACAAGCCCUCCGGUCUUCAGGUGACUCACUCGGUCAGCAGUGAUUGAACAUGGCCACCAAAACUAUCAUUGCGUUUGACCUGUACGGGACUCUCCUGUCUACUGAGUCAAUCGCCGGCGAGCUGGCCAAGUUGUUUGGCGAUGAAGCGGCCAAGUCUGUGGCGGCGCUCUGGCGGUGCUAUCAGCUUGAAUACACAUGGCGCAUCAACAGCAUGGGAAUAUACCGCUCAUUCAGCGAAAUCACUCGGGGAUCGCUGCAACACGCCGUCGCCGAGUCGGGGUUGAUGCUGUCAGCCGACGACGCGGACAAGUUGAUGAGGGCGUACGAUGCACUGCACGUCUUCCAUGAGGUUCCAGCUGCCCUGAAGACUAUCGAAGACUCUCCUUCAGUCGAGGCCUACGUCUUUUCUAACGGGACCCGACAAAUGAUCUCGGCGUCUGUAAAGACGUCCCCGGAUUUGGGCCCGUGCGCCUCCGUGUUUAAAGGGCUUCUAAGCGUUGAGGAUGUGCAAGCGUUUAAGCCGGAUAAGAGAACAUACGAGCACUUGCUCAGAGAGGUUGGGAAAGCCGAAAGGCCAGGCGACGUGUGGUUGGUGUCUUCCAACCCGUUUGAUGUCGUCGGGGCAGUCUCGGCAGGGCUGCGGUCGGCUUGGGUCGACAGGCAGGGUAAGGGGUGGAUGGACCGCCUUGGAGAUGUUGUCGGGACUAGAAACUUGAAACCCACAUUGGUAGUUGACGAUGUCGGGAGCGCUGUGCAAAAAAUUAUGCGUGCUGUCUCAUGAGGAACGUCUUCGGUAUCGAAUCUAUCGAUAAGGUCGAGCCAAGCAAAAGGCUCAGGACCCACAUGCACCCCGGUACAUAGCAGUUGUUUAAUUAUUAAGAACCCAAGGUACACGAUUCAGCUGGGGCAU